UGUUGGGCGGUGUGGGUUUACCUAUUUUGUUGCUUGCUAUCCGGGAAACGCGGAGAAUAAAAAUCAAUCACACCGUGGUAGGGACACACACGUCACUCACCGGAGACCUGCCACAUACUCGGUAACGUUAGCCAGCGGUUAGCAUCUGGCUGCUCAGAAAUGUCACGAUGACAAGUGAGGAAAACGGGAUGGAGCCGCGGAACAAGCCAAAUCUCCCUCCUUCAGCAGACUGAUUCUUGAUUUAUCGAAACAACUAACCAACAAGUAGAAGACAAUCUGCAUUAUGGGAAGGAUCAGCUUUUCAUGCCUUUUCCCAGCUUCAUGGCAUUUCAGCCUGUCAUCCCAGGUUCUUCCUCGGCUCCUGAUACCUUCCCUCAGACAGCUGCUCUUCAUCGGCCUGGUGCUCUGCCUCAUAGGACUACUCUACCUGCUGCUUGUCACUGGAAAGGGGCACGGAAGCUGGAUCAGAAAGGAAAAUCACUUCCACAGGCACUUGGCAAGGGUGACCGAUGUGGAUGCAACAGAUACAAGCAACCCCAACCUGAACUAUGGCCUGGUGGUGGACUGCGGCAGCAGUGGCUCCAGGGUAUUUGUGUACUGCUGGCCCCGGCACAAUGGUAAUCCCCAUGAACUGCUGGACAUUCAGCAAAUGAGAGAUCAACACCGCAAGCCAGUGGUCAUGAAGAUCAAACCGGGUAUCUCUGAAUUGGCUAAAACACCUGGGAAAGCCAGUGAUUAUAUCUAUCCACUGCUGAGCUUUGCAGCCCAACACAUUCCCAAAAAUAAGCACCAAGAAACACCCUUGUACAUCCUGUGCACAGCUGGAAUGAGAAUCCUUCCCGAAAGUCAACAAGAAGCACUUCUUGAGGAUCUGCGAACAGACAUCCCAGUCCACUUCAACUUCCUCUUCUCCGAUUCCCAUGUGGAAGUGAUUUCUGGAAAACAGGAAGGUGUCUAUGCAUGGAUUGGAAUAAACUUUGUCCUUGGAAGGUUUAACCAUGUGCACAAUGAUGGGGAAGCUGUAGUGGAGGUACAUGUCCCAGGCAGCGAUCAGCAGGAGGCGCUGGUGAGGAAAAGAACGGCUGGUGUCCUGGACAUGGGCGGGGUCUCCACACAGAUUGCAUACGAAGUGCCCAAAACUGUAAGCUUUGCUUCUCCACAGCAGGAGGAAGUUGCCAAGAACUUACUGGCCGAGUUCAACCUGGGGUGUGACGCACAUCGCACAGAGCAUGUUUAUCGUGUUUAUGUGUCCACCUUCCUGGGUUUUGGAGGAAAUGCAGCACGCCAAAGAUAUGAGGAGAGCCUCAUCAGAAAUACUGCCACUCGAAACAAGCUCUUAGAUCAGCAUAUUGGUGAAACAGCCGAGUCUCCCCUCCUGGACCCUUGUCUACCCACAGACUUGCAGGAUGACAUUGGUCCAUCUACACAGAAGCUCUAUCUGCGAGGCACAGGAGACUUUGACCAGUGUAGACAGAUUCUCCAGCCGUUCCUCAACCGCACUAACGAGACCCAAACCUCCCUCAAUGGUAUCUACCAGCCAGCCAUUGAUUACAGCAACAGUCAGUUCUAUGGCUUCUCUGAGUUCUACUACUGCACGGAGGAUGUGCUGCGCAUGGGUGGGGAUUAUAACGCUUCCAAAUAUGCCUGGGCUGCAAAGAGUUACUGUUUCACCCAGUGGAAGACUCUGAGGGAACGCUUUGACUCUGGCUUGUAUGCCUCGCACGCAGAUCUUCACAGACUGAAGUACCAGUGUUUUAAAUCAGCAUGGAUGUAUGAAGUAUUGCACUCAGGCUUCUCUUUCCCAGCCAAUUAUAAAAACCUGAAGACUGCCCUAUUGGUCUAUGAUAAGGAGGUCCAAUGGACUCUUGGAGCUAUUCUUUACAGAACACGGUUUCUGCCUUUAAGGGACAUCCAGCAGGAAAGUCUGAAAGGAGCACACUCUCACUGGCGGCACAGCUUCUCUUUUGUCAACAACCACUAUUUAUUUCUGGCUUGUUUCUUUAUUGUGUUGUUGUCUAUUAUGCUGUACUUACUCCGACUCCGUCGCAUCCAUCGGCGCACAGCGCAGCGCUGCACCCCAUCGUCUGUACCCUGGUUGGAAGAUGGCCUUGGCUCACCCACACUCCCUAUCACCCUCUAAACUUUGUAGAGCAUAAAGUUUGGACAGCAACUUUCCAAAGCCAGUCGUCACUCCUUUUCUCUCUGAGGCCAUCUGCUUGUUCAGUGAGCUUUUGAAGGCUUCCCCCCUGACAGCAGGGCUGCUCCCUACUGAGAGUUGAAACAGAGAUGGUAGAGUGAGGAUGUCCUCAAAAGAGAAAGAUCUUAUGUAAGUCGUGAGGCCUAUAUGAGCCAUGAAAAUAUUUGUUGAAGUUAUUUUGUUUUAAUAAUGAAAUGUUUUUUGUCUUGCCUGCCACAUUUAGUCAAAAUCAAAUGGCAAAUGCCUACAGGUGUCUUCUAUUUUAUUUCUAAAAAAGACAAACAACGGUACUUUUCUGGCUAGCUAAUCUUUCAUACGGUACCUAAAUAAAUAUUUAGUCUAUACUUUGAAUUUCACAAAGGUGGACAAAUAUACCACAGCGUCAAUUUAUUGGCCAUUUUCCUUUCUUUAUGCCUUUUAUAUGUGUAUGAUCACAUCUUUUCUUUUUUGUUUUUAUAGUUGUUAAAUGGUACAAGCACUCGGCAUUUCUACAGAAACCUCAAAUGCAAUACGAUUUAUAAUUAGUGGAAGGAGCACUUUGUAAUGCAGUUGAGAUGCACUUUCCAGCUGGAAUGGUCUUUUUUUGUGUAUUUAUUUCCUAAAUUGUUCUGCCUCAACAAGACAAGUAGCCUUUCAUAGCUAUACUAGUGCAAUACAUGUCUUGUCACUGUUGGGAAACUCUCCAAACACAUCCGCUCGUUUGUCAAGAGUAUUAUCUCUCUUAAAGCCCUGCUGAAAUUCUUGUUUUGGGUUAUCUGACUUUUAUGUUGGAUACCGUUGCAUAUAUUUACAAUGGGCUUCAUUUUCAGAAGCUGUCAUAUCACUGCUGUGAGGGGAUUGUAAAUGAGAGCACAUCAUUAUUUAUAUGAAAAUGGUCUAGUGAAAUGUUUGCACAGAUGAAUGCGAAAUAAAUGUUGUCACAUUUCAAUUCAGUAAUAAAGGUUUUAUGGUAUA